GGUCACAUGUUGUAAAAGCUAGCUAGCUAGAGGUCAUCUAGUUAUUUAUAUAUAACAUAAGAGAAAGAUACUGUACCCACUGCCUACUCUACAAGCCAUGUCUCUGCAAAUACUGCUCGCGGCCACUUACUUGGGCCUGCUGGUGUGUCAGACUGCCUGCCUCCCUAGCUCCAGGCCCCAGGCCACCACUCCUCUGGACGACUAUGUCAACAAGCCUGACUCUACCUAUGAGUACAGAGAUAUGGGGAACUCGUACAGAGGAGAUGGCUACACCUCAUACUUCAUCAACAUGACCUCACAGACCUGGCUAUCACCAUCUCUUGUGAGCAGGUCAGUAUGGUGGCACUACAUGGUCAUCAAUGUGCCUGACAAGAUUGAGUAUCCGGACACUGCCUUCAUAUAUAUCACUGGAGGGAGCAACACUGGGUCAGUACCUGAGAUCAGCAGCUCUGAUUGUCUCUUCUCAACCGUCACCUGCUUUACAACGGGAACAGUGACAGCCACACUGUUCCAGAUUCCCAACGAGAGAAUUGUGUUCUCUGAAGAUCCUCUGAAGAAGGAACGCGAUGAGGACGCUAUUAUUGCCUAUACUUGGUACCAUUUCCUCAAGCAUCCCGAUAGUCCAGAGUACAUCCUGCGCCUACCAAUGACCAAGGCUGUGGUGAGGGCUAUGGACACUGUAGAAGACUUCAGUAAGAAGAAGAACCCAGCUGCCAAUAUCACCAAGUUUGUGAUCGGAGGAGCUUCAAAGCGUGGUUGGACCACCUGGACCACUGGUAUAGUAGACAAGCGAGUGGUCGGAAUGAUACCUAUAGUAGAGGACCUACUAAACCUGCAAAAGAACAUGCAUCACCACUACCGUAUGCUGGGAGGAUGGACCUUUGCCUUCUCCGACUAUCAUGAGCUCAACGUGACUGCUUAUCUGGACGACCCUAUCAUGACACAGCUGGCAUACAUUGUCGACCCUUAUGCGUAUCUUGACCGCCUCACUAUGCCCAAGAUGAUAAUCAACUCCGGAGGGGACGAGUUCUUCAUGCCUGAUGAUAAUCACUACUUUUGGGACGCCCUCCCGGACCAAAAAUAUUUCAGGAUGCUACCCAAUGCUGAACACUCUUGUGCCGGUCACUACACUAGCCUCAUCUUCUCAGUGAGAGCUUUCUACCUCUCCAUUCUCACUAAUACGGCAAGACCAAAUAUGACAUGGAAAAUGGACGCAACAGCUGAUGGUGGGACUAUCACCAUGUCAGCUGAUAUCAAACCAGCUGAUGUGAAGGUCUUCCACGCCACCACCGUCCAGAGCAAAAGGAAAGACUUUCGUCUGCUGACUUUGCCGCCAGGUUCUAAAGAUCCCAUUCCACAGCCUGUGUUUUGGUUCUCGAAAGAUCUCCAACCUGAUGCUAAUGGGAACUAUGUGGCAAGUAUGGCAACUCCAGAGGAAGGGUGGAGAGCUUUCUUUAUACAGGCGACUUUUCCUGGGCCAAAAGGAUCACUGUUUGAGUACACCACCCAAGCCAACAUCAUCCCUUACACUGACGCCUUCCCUGACUGCCAGGGGACAGCCUGCCUAGGGACAUUGGUCUGAGGCUGUACUGUGUAGUUAGCUAGCCCUUGAUACAUGAUAUUUUGACUGGUGUUUUAUAUAGUGCAACAGGUUGUGUUAUUAAUGUCAUUAUGAUGUCUGAAA